AAGAAAAGUCAAACAUCCAGCCGCAGUCCUCGGACCCGCACGUGUUUUGAUAGCGUAGCCGUAGUGGCGUGCUUGUAAUUUCAAACUUUUCUAAUUUAAAUUGUAAUAUUAUACUUUUUUCUUAGUUUUAGUUGUCUAGUUUAGAGUUAUUGAAGUUUUAUACUUAUACAACAUCGGAUAAAACCGGAUAAGUCCUCAUAGUUAUGGGAAAACCAGGAUUCUCGCCUAGAGGUGGCGGCGGCGGCGGUGGAGGUCGUGGAGGGCCUGGCGGCCGUGGUGGCUUUGGAGGACGAGGAGGGGGCGGCGGUGGUCGAGGCGGCUUCGGUGGUGGUAGAGGUGGAGGUGGGGGCCGUGGUGGAUUUGGCGGAAGAGGAGCCGGAGGUGGACGCGGUGCUGGUGGAGGUCGGGGCCGUGGCGGACCGCGGGGAGGUGGCCGCGGCGGUGGAGCCAAAGGCGGUGGCUUCAAGGGAGGCAAAACAGUUGUCAUCGAGCCUCAUCGUCACGAGGGAAUUUUCAUUGCCAGAGGAAAGGAAGACGCGCUAGUCACAUUGAAUCUGGUGCCGGGAUCGGAAGUUUACGGCGAGAAACGUAUAUCUGUUGAGACCAACGGCGAAAAGAACGAAUACAGAGUUUGGAAUCCUUUCCGAUCAAAACUGGCAGCCGCCGUUCUCGGAGGAGUCGACAAAAUUCACAUGCCACCUGGCUCGAAAGUUCUGUACCUUGGUGCUGCCUCCGGAACCACUGUUUCGCAUGUGUCAGACGUGGUCGGGCCAGAAGGCUUGGUCUAUGCCGUAGAAUUCUCACACCGAUCGGGUCGUGAUUUGAUCAACGUGGCCAAGAAGCGAACCAACAUCAUCCCAAUCAUUGAAGACGCUCGUCAUCCCCACAAAUAUCGGAUGUUGGUCGGCUUGGUGGACACCAUUUUCGCCGACGUUGCUCAGCCCGAUCAGGCUCGUAUCGUUGCGCUGAAUGCUCACCAGUUCCUGAAGAAUGGAGGCCAUUUCGUCAUUUCGAUCAAGGCAUCCUGUAUCGAUUCGACUGCCGUUCCAGAAGCAGUAUUUGCGGCCGAAGUCAAAAAGCUGCAAUCGGAAAAACUGAAACCUCAGGAACAGAUCACGCUGGAACCAUACGAGCGAGACCACGCAGUCGUCGUGGGCGUCUACAGGCAAGCCCCGAAGAGUGCAGCGUAAACGAAACAAAACUAGCUUUAAGAUUUACUUUUAAUACUUACGUUACAAUAGAUGAGCCUUUCUUUAACCAGGAAGCAUUUUCAGGACUUCCGCAAAGUUUAUGUAGAUUUUGAUCCUUUACGUGACAAACAAUGGAAGUAAUAAAGCCUUUAUUACAAGUCAAA